CAGACUUCACAUACAGCAUUUGAGAAAUCUGAAAAAGAAGAAAACAUGAAUGCUCCGCACUUUUCCAUAGAUUUGCUGCUGCUGUGCAUAUCUUGCGGAGCAAGUGUAUUGGCAGCCAACUCUCCCACCGUGUCCUCGACGCUGCCAGCCACCAAUUUCACCGACCUUGGCUCAGCGUUCAGCUAUGGGGAAGCAGACAGCAAGAAUAUUAUUCUGACCAGGAAGAAGCGUUAUAUUUCCCAAAACGACAUGCUUGUCAUUCUCGAUUAUCACAAUAAAGUAAGAGGGAAAGUUUUCCCUCCGGCAUCCAAUAUGGAGUACAUGACGUGGGACGAGACCCUAUCUAAAUCAGCUGAGGACUGGGCCCACGCGUGUCUGUGGGAGCACGGACCUCGACACCUCCUCAGGUUCCUGGGCCAGAACCUCUCUGUCAGGACCGGACGCUACCGCUCUAUUCUCCAGUUAGUGAAGCCCUGGCAUGAUGAAGUGAAGGACUAUGUGUUCCCUUACCCCCGGGACUGCAACCCCAGAUGCCCCCUGAAAUGCUACGGACCCAUGUGUACACAUUAUACACAGAUGGUUUGGGCCACAACAAACAAAGUUGGCUGUGCGAUACACACCUGUCACAAUAUGAACGUGUGGGGGAACGUGUGGAAACGGACAACAUACUUAGUGUGUAACUAUUCAUCUAAGGGGAACUGGAUUGGAGAGGCACCCUACAAAGUAGGCGUCCCGUGCUCCGCCUGUCCCCCGAGCUACGGAGGCUCCUGUUCCAACAACAUGUGCUUCCCAGCCCUCAACACAAACUAUCUGCAGUGGUUCAAAUAGAGCCAGGAGUCCCUGUCCAGACUAAGGCUGCGUCCCAAAUCACACCCUAUUCCCUAUUGCCAUUUGGUGCUAACCCGCUGACCCCCGACCCCAACACAGAGACUUUCCCGCUUGAAGGAUUUGCACAACAUUCGUGGAAAACACACUUAUUUAAGAUUAAAGCAUACAUUUAUAAUAAUGUGUACAUAGAAUUCAUGUUUUUUAUUUGCCAUAUUUUACAGAUUUUUUAAAUUUUAAUUAAUGAUUAUCAUAUGAUGAAUUAGAUUGAUUGAUUGAUUGAUUGAUUGAUUGAUUGAUACAGUCGGAUGAUAAUUUAUCUUGUGAAGUAUGUUUCCUGACAGUGUUACAUUAUAAUGGGUUUACCAUUGGUCAUGUACCCAUAGAAUGUGGACACGCAUGGAUGUGCCUCACGAUGGGUCAAAUGGAUACAAGUUAUUGACAUUUCAACACUACGGUAGCAAGCAAAAAUCGUUUUCAAAAGUGAUUGUUAACUAACUUUUACAUUUUUUGGGGGGGGCUUGCUUAGCUAAUCAUCUUGGCUAACUGUGGAGAGAAAUAAUUCACUUAUGUAUCGUUAAUUAGGGCUCGAUUCAAUCUGUACCAAUUCUAUGGCGUAAUAGACAUUUAAAGGCAAUGUGAGCUGAGUUUAUUUUUUAAAAAUAGGCAAGUCAGUUAAGAAAAAAUUCUAAUUUUCAAUGAAGGCCUA